CCAGUGUAAAUAAAUAUGGCGACUGAUAGUGGUUGUAGUAUGAGUGCGGUGAUUAGACUUCUCUAAUAAUCUGUGUAAAUUCGAUAUUGAACGCAACUAAAUGAGUUGCAAGUGAUUCACUGUGUUUUCCGCUGUACAAAACGCUCUUAAAACAUGGACGAGGAGCAAGGACCUAUCUGUUACGUCGUCGUAGUCGGUUUCCACCACAAGAAGGGCUGUCAAGUUGAAUACUCAUAUCCACCUUUGGUACCCAAUUGCCCUAAUGAGUGCCCACCAGGAUGGAAGUAUCUACCCACCUUGGCACUGCCAGACGGUUCACACAAUUAUGAUGAAGACACUGUCUUCUUCCAUCUGCCCAGUUUGACGAAACCCCGUAAAACCAUCUAUGGCAUAUCUUGCUUUCGACAAAUACCAGUUGAGAAAAUCAAGAACUUAACAUCUGAUAUUACCAGAGGAACAGUGCAAAAGUCAGUAUGUGUUUUAAGUACUGUUCCACUGUAUGGACAUAUUCAAGUAAAAAUGGCUCUCAUAACUCAUGCAUACUUUGAUGAAGGAGAUUUCAGUAAAGUUUCUUUACUGCAGGAUACGUACCACCAUUUGAAUUCUGUUUUAUUACAAAAUGAGUCACCUUCUCAGGCGUUUGUAGGUUUAUCAACUAGAGAUCUUAUUCUGCAAUGGAGACACAAAGCUGUGCUGCUGUUCAAACUGCUUCUAUUGGAGAAACGUGUGAUCUUUUAUAAAUCGCCGGUGCAUCCUUUGUGUUCGAUGGUCUUGUCUUUACUUUCUCUGCAUCCAGGGAUGAUUGAGAGAGGACUGGACGAGUCAGCUUGCAUUAGAUUGUCGAGGCCAAUGUCGCCAAUGCCGAAUUUCUCGGAUGACGAUGGAACGCCAGAAACUAGUCCUAGGCAUAAACCUGUGGAAGUGGGCAGGCCAGAACAACCAGCAGAGGUAAAGCAGAAAGAUGCAAUUAUUGAUAACGAUGAGAUCGGUAUAGAGCAGCUCACAGAAUCCAUCACCAUCCCGAAUCCGGAUGGUAAAAACGAAGAGAAAUCGUCCUCUUUGAGGAGAGAUGUAAGCACUGACGGGAUCACAGAGCAAAUGAACAAUAAUUUCGCAUUCUUAGCCCAAAUUAAGCCGGAAACGUGCGGCCUACCACUGAAUAUUUACAAGCAAGGCAAUCUUUGUCUGCCUUAUCUCUCUUUACCAUACAUGGACCUCCUGAGCGACGUUAAUGUGAGAGGUUACGUCGCCGGAGCCACGAACGUGCUCUUCAAGCAGAAGAGACAAUUGUAUGAUAUUCUAGUUGACAUUGAGGCUGGUCGGAUCGAGUGUCAAGAUUUGGAAUUGCGUAAGCAGCUGCAUCUUACCACCGAAGACCUUAGGUUCGCCGAUUAUAUUGUGAAGCAUGUUAGCGAGGAGAAGCACGAUGUGUUCUUGGAUGGUGUUGGAUGGGAGGGCGGCGACGAAUGGAUCAGAGCUCAGUUCAAGAUUUACUUACUUUGCCUCCUCAGGACAUCAUUACUUUCAGAUGGUAGUAGAGAGUUGGAUCAUUUCAAUUCAACAUUUGUGCAAACUUGGAAGGACACCCACAACUAUAAGAUGUGGAAUAGCGCAGAGGCUUGCGGUAUUUUGGAAGUCAAUCCAGGCCACCCCUUUGCCGGACAACUAUCGGUUUCGGAUAUGAAGCUAAGGCUAUCGCAUACAAUGCAUAACACUGAGAGUGGAAGGAAAAUAAACCAAGCCAUGGUGUCGACUGGUCGAGCCGUGGCGACAACGAGUAAAGCAGUCGGCGGUGCAAUAUCCCAUGCGAAAGGAGCUUUCUCUAGCUGGUUCAGCAACUUAUUGGUGAGCCCUGAUCCCGGCCAAAAGCUGGACGAAAAGGUGAAGGAAGAGGAGGAUGAGGCGGAAGAUGAGACGAGCACUAAAGAGAGCGAGGAAGCCAUGAACGAGAAGAACGACGUUAACAACAUCAAGAAGGACAAGGAUCUGAUGAACGGUUUCAUAAUUCAGCAGGACAAAACCGACACGUUUGCAGUGAAGAAGAGUCCCGAGAUCAAGAUCGUCUAAGCUCGUCAAUUACAUUUGUAUCCUUUUCCUUUCCCCUCGAUUAAUGGCACAAUCAAUAAUGUAUAGUAACUUUUUAUGAACCCGGUCGUUCGAAGACGCGAGUUUUUUUUUAGUCAGUUUCAGCAAAGCAGUUUACAUUCCCCGAUUGUAUAUAUAUUUAACAUGCGAAUGGAGUGACGUUAUUUAUUAAGUCUAUUAGCAACCACGUUCGUACAAUAUGAUUUUGUGAUUACAUUGCUAUUAUUGUAUAGAGUUUUAGCAAGUUGCGUUAUAGUUUCCUUAUUAACAGGGUAAAUAAACUUGCCUCCCUAAAAAAGGGAUCGUUAAAGCAAUGCUCAUUAUUAAGUAAAGAAAAAAAAAGAGAAGGCUUUAU